GAGCAUGCGGACAACACCUUGAAUAUGGCUGUUCGACCAGACGAUGUAUGGGUGACUGGGUUUCCUCGGUCUGGAACAACGUUUACACAAGAGUUGGUCUGGCAAGUCGCGAAUGAAUGCGAUUUCGAUACGGCCUCGAAAAUCCCUUUGAUGACACGAUAUAUGUUUCUCGAAGGAGUAAUGACAGUUAAUUUCAUACAAUCAAGGCAGAAAGAAGUAGUUACUGAACCCAUUUACACUCACACGGCUGUACACGCAGCGCCUUCGCCUCGGUUUAUAAAAACCCACGCACCCUUCUCGCUUUUGCCCGCAAAUCUACUGGACACCACUAAAGUAGUGUACAUAGCCCGAGACCCGAGGGAUGUAGCUAUAUCUAAUUACCAGUUCGUAAAAAAGCUGAGGCACUAUUCUGGAGACUUGAAAAGUUAUUGCAAUCUUUUCUUCAAUGAUUUGGCUCUAUUUUCCCCAUUGUUGCCCCAUGUAAAAGAAGCGUGGGAGCUCCGUCAUCAUCCAAAUAUGAUGUUCAUAUUCUACGAAGACAUGUUAAAGGAUGUACCCUUAUAUAUCAAACGGCUAGCAGAUUUCCUUGACAAGAAGCUAACGGAUGAACAAAUCGUCAAACUAAGUGAGCACUUGAGUUUUGAGAACUUCAAGAACAACAAGUCUGUGAACCCGACGUGGAUAGCUAAGAGUGGAAACCCCGAUGCCGAGGGUUUUAUUAGAAAAGGUAAAUCGGGCGCAUGGCGCGAGCAGUUUGACGAGGAGAUGGCGGCGCAGGCGCAGCGCUGGAUGCGCGAGAACCUCGCAGGCUCUGACCUGCGCUUUCCUGACUAUACCUCCUAGUUGAUAGCAC